AUGGAUGACGACGGAAGAGAGCCCGACAACUUGUCUGACAGACACGUUCAGACUGAAAAGACGUUGGAUCCUGUUGGGAGCCAUGCCAUCCCUCUCCGCGUUCCCGCCGACCGUCUCGACCUCCCCGUCGGCACCGCCUGCCUUCAUCUGAAGCUUCUUGGCGCGCUCCAAACGUCAGACGGCCCCUCCUUUGGCGCCAAGUCCCAGCGUCUACCAGAACCGCACCACUCGACGGUCCGUCCUCGGUGUCCGGCGCGCAACUUGCUCAACUCGACAUUGGCGCUGGUCUUCGCUUUCGCUAUUUGUUUGGGACCCCAUCUCUGCCGACGACGUGCCAAGUCGCCCAGCGUUUUCGUCUCCAUCAUCAUCAAGAGAACUCAAUCUGAAUGCGACGUCGCCCAUAAGGUCCAACGACAGUCUUCAGCAGAGUCGGCUUGGCGAAUCCCGAAUGCCGUCUUGGUGGCCAAGGACGUCGUCAUCUCCAUCAUCACCAAGGGUUUCCAGCCAGUUUUUCUGCGACGCAUAAACCACGCAGCUGGUGUCUGGUCAUCGGCGAGCGUGAGCCAAGACGACUUCUCCUCAUAUUUCGUCAGCACCGCCCGUAACAUUCGGCUUGUCAAGUUGUCGCUGUCAGUCGGUUCAUCCAACAUCCGCAAGAUCUGCAGUGUCUACGCUGUCGCUGUCACUUGA